AUGCAGCUGUCGAAUCUCAGCGAUGACUACAUCGCCUUCAAGGUGAAAACUACAAGCCCAAAGAAAUACUCUGUGCGGCCCAACACAGGGGUUGUCUUGCCACGAUCUACAUGCGAUGUUGUUGUGACAAUGCAAGCACAGCGAGAAGUACCAUCUGACAUGCAGUGCAAAGAUAAGUUCCUAGUCCAGAGCGUUGUUGCACCCUCUGGCAUAAAUGUGAAGGAUGUUACGGGAGAGAUGUUUAUGAAGGAAUCUGGAAAUAAGAUUGAAGAGGUGAAAUUACGAGUCACCUAUGUUGCACCUCCACAGCCACCAUCUCCAGUUCCUGAAGAAUCCGAGGAAGGCUCCCCAUCUAGGGUUGAAUCAGAAAAUGGAGAUGGUCCUGCUGGGGGAUUCACCAGGCACUGCGAGAACGCAUUGAGCCCCAAGAAAAAUCUUUAG